AUGGGUAAAGGUCGAAAACAUAGGCCAAAAAAGAACUUCGCUGAAAAACGCCGUGAGAAGCAGAAGAAAAAUGAAUGGAAUAGUACUUCUCAGUCAGGAAGCUAUGCAGAUAUUAUUCGGGAAAACAAAGAUUUUGAGAAUUAUUACAAGACGCAAGGAAUAGUACCAGAAGAUAAAUGGGAUGCAUUUAUCAGCACUAUAAGGACUAAUCUGCCAGUUGCUUUUCGUAUUACUGGUUCAAAAGCUGAAGCUAAAGCCUUAUUGGAAAUAAUCAAAAGUGAUUUUUUCAAAGAGAUUUUGAAUGCAGAUUUGGAUGGUGAUAAAGAAGAUGUUAAUAGUCGAGCAAAAACUAUAUUACAUAGUUUACCCUUUUAUCCAGAGGAAUUAGCUUGGCAACUGCAAUUAACUAGAAAAGACAUCCGACGAUCUGAGGCAUACUUUAGGUUGCAUAAUUUCCUUAUUGCUGAAACUAACAAUGGCAGUAUCAGCAGGCAGGAAGUAGUUAGUAUGGUUCCUCCUUUGGUCCUAGAUGUUAAAUCUUCGCAUAAAGUUCUUGAUAUGUGUGCAGCGCCAGGAUCGAAAACAGCACAACUUAUAGAAAUGAUACAUGCAGAUGAGGAAAAUCCUCCAGAGGGUUUUGUAAUAGCUAAUGAUGUUGACAACAAUCGAUGUUAUAUGCUGGUUCAUCAAGCUAAGAGGCUAAAUAGCCCAAACAUUCUUAUUACAAACCAUGAUUCGUCAAUUAUGCCAAAUUUUAUGAUUACAAAACCAGAUGGUACAAAAGAUACAUUAAAAUUUGAUAGGAUACUUGCGGAUGUUCCAUGUAGUGGUGAUGGUACCAUGCGAAAAAAUCCAGAUAUAUGGUGUAAAUGGAGUCCAGCUAAUGGCAGUAAUCUCCAUGGAAUUCAGUACAGGAUAGCAAAACGUGGCUUAGAAUUGUUAGCAGUUGGGGGGAGGAUGGUUUAUUCCACGUGUUCACUAAAUCCUAUUGAAAAUGAAGCGGUACUUCAUAGGCUUCUUCGUGAGACUGAAGAUUCAGUACAGUUAAUUGACUGUAGAGAUUUAGUGCCAGGAUUAAUAUGCGAUCCUGGUGUUACACACUGGAAGCCGGCAUCUAAAAAUUUACAAUAUUAUGAUAGCUGGGAAGAUGUUCCCGAACAAUGGCAAACACAAGUACGGCCGAAAAUGUUUCCUCCAGAUGCAAAUGAAGCUUCUAAAUUUCAUCUUGAACGUUGUAUGAGAAUAUUACCACAUCAUCAAGAUACUGGAGGUUUUUUCGUCGCUGUGCUGGAGAAAGUAAAAUCUCUGCCAUGGGAAAGAGAAAUUUGUGUAUUAAAUCAAAGUACACAGAAUGUAGAUGGUAACGAAAACAAGGAUAAGCACAUUCUUGAAGAAAAAUCUGUGCAAGACAUAAAGCUUUCAGAAAGUGAGAAACAUACAUUAGAAGAAGAAAAAAAAUUACGGGAACCACCAAAAAAGCGAAGAAGAAUGACUGGUUACAGAGAAGAUCCAUUUGUCUUCUUCAAGGAUCAAACAGAAGAUGUCUGGCACUCUAUUAAAGAUUUUUAUGGCAUAUCUGAUGAUCUAGAUCCACGUUGUUUAUUAGUAAGAUGUCAUGAAGGAAAAAAGAAAAAUAUUUAUUUCACGUCACCAGCAAUUCGCGAUAUAGUGAUAUCUAAUGAGAAUAAAGUAAAGAUGAUCAACACUGGCGUUAAAACGUUUGUACGAUGCGACAAUAAAAAUAUGAAUUGCGCCUUCAGACUUGCUCAAGAAGGGAUGCAUAGUAUCAUUCGUUACAUAAGUGAUGAUAGAAAGGUUCAGAUCUCAAAAGAAGAUUUGAUAAUGCUUUUACAAAAUGAUGAUCCACACACGCCACCUGAAAUUGUAAAAUUAAAUUCAGAAACUCAAGAACGUCUCAAGGAAUUCGCAACUGGAAGUUGUAUACUGUUAUACAAAGAAGAGAAGACUGAUAAUCCAAAUCGCCUAAAUCUUCAGCUAGUAGGAUGGAGGGGAAUAAUGUCUCUUAGAGCAUAUGUACCUACUUGUGAUGCAGUUCAUUAUUUACGACUUUUAGGAGCGGAUUGCUCUAAAUUUGAGAAAAAUAAAUUUGAGGAAAAUCGCGCAGCCGCAUUAGCCAAGGACGUCAACAACGACGAUGUUAAAACUGAAUGUAAAACUAAAAUUGAAACCGAAGAUUAAUGAAAAAGUUGUAACAAAAAACAAGGAUAACAUAGAGGAAGAAACAGAAUGAAUAACUGAUUAGAUCAUUAUGACGUAAUUAAAACUUUUCUAAUUUU